ACUUCCCAGAAAAUUGCCAUUAACAUGAAGCUUUCACAAGUUGUAUUGAUCCUCAGCGCUGCCUUUGCGUCCUUUACAUUGGCCGCUCCAGCUGAUACCCCAACUGGCGUUGAUAAAAACCCACACGACAAUGGCCACCACGAUGGAGGAAACAUGGGCGACCAUUCCCACGACCACGAUAAUGACCACCGAGGAAAGGACGGACAUGACCAUUCCUUCACUGACUGGGAGCCAAGCACAGCGUUGGUGAUGCUCCUGGUUUCAGGACGUCUACUAGACUUCACAGGCAGUACACUUCGAGUGAGCUGUGAAGUGUUGAUGGUGGUCCUCAAGUGUAGGACCCAUGAGACUCCUUAUCUCAACGAAAAUAGAGAAUAUCCCGAUUUCCCUGCAAGUUUACCUCCUUUGAACUCUCACGACAAUUUCCAGUUCGGAUUUGAAAUGCGUCUUUAUAUCUUCAUUCGUCGACCUUUGACGUUCUGGGCCAGACUGGAACAAUGA